UUUGGGAGCCCACACAGGGCCUGAGAUAGCACGGAGAAGAUGAGCUCUUUCAUGAAAGCAGAUAUUUCUCUAUCCAUGGAACUCUCUUUCUUGAAAUUCAUCAUCGCCCAUCGAAAUUAGAAUAUUUACGCAUCCAAACGACCCCUAAACCUCUGCAACAGAAAGUCGACGGUGGCUCCUCACAACGCAUAAAAUUUCAAAUGGAGCUAUCAGCUCUUCACAUAUCUGCAACUCAUCCUUUCCACAACAAAAUUACUUCUUCUACUUCUCCCCCUCAUUCAUUUCCUCGUUCCUCAAGAAACCCAUCUCGGCAAUCUCUCUUCCAGACUCAAAAGCUAGUGCUUUUGCUCGGAAGGCAGCUCUCUCAUGUCUGGAACAGGACAAGAAGCAAACAAGGAGAAGAAGAAGCUACGGAUAGCAGAGCUUGGAGCAGUGCUUCCGAUGAAUAUGCUUUCUUGUCGUUGAGCGAGAAACCCGACAGGAACUUGGCUAUGCUUGAUGACUACGAGAUGGAAGAGCUCGACCUCGAAACGGACCCCAAUCAUCGCAGCGGAUAUGUAGCUGUAUUAGGGAAGCCGAAUGUUGGAAAGAGUACACUAUCAAACCAGAUGAUAGGCCAGAAGCUUUCAAUUGUUACAGAUAAACCUCAAACAACGCGCCAUCGAAUCCUUGGUAUUUGUUCUGGCCCUGAGUAUCAGAUGAUACUCUAUGAUACACCUGGUGUUAUUGAGAAGAAAAUGCACAAGUUGGAUUCUAUGAUGAUGAAAAAUGUCCGCAGUGCUGCUAUUAAUGCUGACUGUGUUCUGGUAGUCGUUGAUGCAUGCAAGGUACCCCAGCAGAUUGAUGAAGUUUUGGAAGAAGGUGUUGGAAGUCUCAAAGAAAAGCUGCCUAUUCUUCUGGUAUUGAACAAGAAGGACCUGAUAAAGCCAGGAGAAAUUGCAAAGAGACUUGAGUGGUAUGAGAAAUCCACCAAUGUUGAUGAGGUCAUACCGGUUAGUGCCAAAUAUGGCCAUGGAGUGGAUGAUGUUAAGGAAUGGAUAUUGUCAAAGCUUCCUAUUGGACCUGCUUACUAUCCAAAGGACAUUGCCAGCGAGCACCCAGAAAGAUUUUUUGUAGGUGAAAUUGUCCGGGAGAAAAUUUUCAUGCAGUACCGAAAUGAAGUCCCAUAUGCAUGUCAGGUCAAUGUGGUGAACUACAUUAGUCGACCAACCUCAAAAGAUUUUAUUGAAGUUGAGAUUGUUGUUGAGAAGAACUCGCAAAAGAUCAUUCUCAUUGGUAAAGACGGAAAGGCCCUUAAACUAUUGGCAACAGCUGCUCGGCUUGAUAUUGAAGAUUUUUUGCAGAAGAAAGUCUUCCUCGAGGUUGAAGUGAAGGUGAAAGUGAAUUGGCGGCAAGAUGAAGAUCUUCUGAGGCACUAUGGUUAUGGUGGUCAAAUUCGAGCAUUUUAAUGUGAAGUAUGUGGACUAGUUGUAUCAUAUCUACUCCUCAAUCCUCUCCUUAAAUAAUAAUACAAAUGCAGAUUUAGUUCCUAGUCCCUUUUCUUUUUAACUGGUUCACACUCUUAGAAAAGAAAAA